AUGCAUAUUAUCACAACAGCCGCUUUAGAUAUUCCUGAACGGAUACCAGAUGGAGAAGAAGUUUCAAUAAUAUCUGUUCAAGCAAACCGAGUUGCAAUGCCAGUUACAGUAUGCAAUUUCACUCACUCAAGCAGACAAUUCUAUCAAAAUCUUGAGUUCGUUUUUACUGGCACAGCCAAAAUGCUUCUCAAAAAACCAGAACAAACCAAAAUAACCAUCUUCUUAUCUGGUUAUUGUGAAGAUGAAGACAAUUCGGACGAAGAAGAAGAGGAGGAAACAAGCGAAGACUCAGACGAUAUCCAGUUCAUUUCCAUCCGUAAAAAACUUUAA